AGCGAGUCAUGAGGUGGAGAACGUGGAGGUUAAAAAUCAUUGCAUAUAUUCGUACGAAAACCAGCUUUAAAAAAAAAAAAAAUUAUUCGUACGUAACGAGUUAACUUCAAACCCCAUGCAAAUUCUCAUGCACGGAAACCUUCCUAUAUAAACCCUUCCAAGUUCAUUAUUUAGUCAUCAUCAUCAAAUUAACCAUCAACAAAAAGCAAAUUUAGCUAAGAACCAAAGAAAGCAAAAACCACAAUGUUCUCAACCAUGGAAUGUCAAAAAGCUCAAUUCUUUGUAACCAUUCUUAUCAUUCUCUUUGCGGUUUCAAGUAGCAAAAAUGUUUGUAACCCGGCCUGUAAGGCUAAAGAACCGUUCAACUGCGACAAUCCACUUACAUUCAACCGAACUAGUUUUCCAAAGAACUUCACUUUUGGUGCGGCUACUUCAGCCUACCAGAUCGAAGGUGCUUCACAUAGAGCACUUAACGGAUGGGACUAUUUCACUCAUAGAUAUCCAGAGAAAGUGCCAGACCACAGUUCUGGAGACCUUGCUUGUGAUUCGUAUGAUCUUUACAAGGAGGAUGUCAAAUUACUGAAAAGAAUGAAGGCUCAAGCAUACAGACUCUCAAUAGCAUGGUCAAGGAUCUUACCAAAGGGAAGAUUGACUGGAGGGAUUGACGAAAACGGGAUAAAAUACUACAAUAACCUCAUCAAUGAGUUAAAAGCAAAUGGCAUUGAACCGUACGUAACAAUAUUCCACUGGGAUGUUCCCCAAACUCUAGAAGAUGAGUAUGGAGGUUUCUUGAGUCGACGCAUAGUAGAGGACUACAAAAACUAUGCCGAGCUUCUAUUUCAGAGAUUCGGAGACAGAGUCAAAUUUUGGAUCACUUUAAACCAGCCUUACUCUCUCGCAAGCAAAGGUUAUGGAGACGGAUCGUAUCCUCCUGGACGGUGCACUGGCUGUGAAUUUGGAGGAGAUUCUGGAACUGAGCCUUAUAUAGUUGCACAUAACCAACUUCUAGCUCAUGCAAAAACUGUAGCAUUAUACCGAAAACGAUAUCAGAAAUUGCAUGGUGGUAAAAUAGGAACGACCUUGAUCGGGAGAUGGUUCACCCCAUUAAACGAAAAUAGCAUUCGUGACACGGCUGCUGCAAAGCGGGCAUUUGAUUUCUUCGUUGGAUGGUUUUUGGAUCCAUUGGUUUAUGGAAGAUAUCCAAAGAUAAUGCGACAGAUGGUUGGACCUAGAUUGCCAAAAUUCACACCUCAAGAAUCAAAGUUAGUCAAAGGAUCACUUGAUUUUCUAGGGUUGAACUAUUAUGUUACACAAUACGCGACCAAUGCACCUCCUUCUACAAAACCUAGUGUCAUAACCGAUCCAAGAGUUACACUUGGAUAUUACCGCAACGGAGUACCUAUUGGUGUUCAGGCGCCUAGCUUCGUCUACUACCCUCCAGGGUUCCGUCAGAUUCUAAAUUAUAUCAAAAACAAAUACGGAAACCCACUUACCUACAUCACUGAAAACGGAAUUGGAGAUCUUGAUAUGGGAAACUUAACCCUGCCAAAUGCUCUUGCUGAUAAUGGACGAAUUCAAAAUCAUUGCAGCCAUAUUUCAUGUCUAAAAUGCUCUAUCGAGGAUGGAUGCAACGUAGCAGGAUAUUUUGCAUGGUCAUUAAUGGACAACUACGAGUUCGGAAAUGGUUACACUCUCCGGUUUGGUAUGAACUGGGUCAAUUUCACUAAUCCUGCUGAUAGAAGAGAAAAAGAUUCUGGAAAAUGGUUUUCUAAGUUCAUAAUCAAACAAUAAGAGGAAUCGAUAUGAUAUACAUACAUACAUACAUAUAUAUAUAUAUAUUUAUAUAUUUGUGUGUGUGUGUAUAUAUAUAAUUAAAUUAAUGUACUUCCAACCUAUUGAAUCUAAUAAUUAUUGUACUCUAUGUAUUGUUGGCUUUAUUUUAUUAUAAUUAUUUAAUAAAUUUUACGUGAUGUGUAUGUGUUUCUAAUACAGUUGUAAUAACCAGGUCUUGAUUUCUGGCAAUUCAUAAAUUAAUAAAUAAAAAUUAUAUAUAGCUUUUACCGUUCAUAUUUUAUACUCUACGUGUCUUCUACGUACUCAAGCGUAACAUUUCAAAAAUUAAAUCAGUUUAAAUAACAAAAUAGGCACAUGAAGAUGUUGUCUAAUUCAAGAGAAAAAUCAAACCAAAAUGCUUUUGCUUAUAUUUUUGGUA